UAUUCAUUAAUGAUUUUCAGAAUCUCCAGGUCCUGCUUUUCGAGUAUUUCUGUCAAAUUAGUACAAUAGAAUUUAUAAAGUCUAGCCCUCUUUCAAAGUGCACCAUUUGGAACUUGACCAACUCCCUUAAACAGCCACUACGACAUCAGCUGAAUUGCUAGCAUAUUAUAAGAGUAUGCAAUUGCAAAGACGUAUGGAAAUUGCUUGUGACAAUCUCUACAAACAGAGAUUGAUUAGAGGUACAUCAUGUCUAAAUGCUUUCUAGGUUUCUUGCAUUUGGCCGACGGUCAAGAAUCAAUUUAUGAAGGAUUGCAUGCAGGAUUAACAUUCGAUGACUGCGUUAUCACAGCUUACAGAGAUCAUUGCAUCGCAUUACUCAGAGGUGAUACUCCUCAUCAGAUUAUUGCUGAAAUGAUGGCAAAACAAACAGGCAGCACAAAGGGUAAAGGAGGAUCAAUGCAUUAUUACAAAAAAGCCACCAAUUUUUAUGGUGGUCAUGGAAUUGUGGGUGCCCAAAUUCCAUUGGGAACAGGAUUGGCAUUUGCUUAAAAGUAUCUCAAAAAGCCAAAUGUGACUUUGAUCAUGUUUGGAGAUGGAGCAGCCAAUCAAGGAUAAUUGUAUGAAGCUGCCAACAUGGCUCAACUUUGGCAUUUACCAGCUAUCUAUUUCAUCGAAAACAACUUGUUCGGUAUGGGAACAUCAAUUGACAGAGCCAGUGCCAAUACCAAGUUCUACACCAGAGGAGAUGUCAUUCCAGGAAUAUAAGUAUAUAUAUUAGCAAUGUAUCAGAUUGAUGGAAACAACGUAUUCUAAGUUAGAGAGACACUCAAAUUCGCCAAGAAACACUGUCUCGAAAAGGGACCAAUCUUCAUUGAAGCCAUGACUUACAGAUAUCACGGUCAUUCCAUGAGUGAUCCAGGUGUCACCUACAGAACAAGAGAGGAAGUUCAAUAAUAGAGAAAGACCAGAGAUUGUAUCAACUAUGUUAAAAACAUUAUUCUUGAAAACAAAGUGGCUGAUGAACAUUAAUUGGAAGUAUUUGAUUGCUUUAUUCCAAAUAGGAAAUUGAUAACACUGCUUAAAAUGAAAUUGAUAUUGCAGUUGAAUAGGCCAAAGUUGAUCCAGUUCCACCAAGCACUGAAUUGACAACUGAUGUUUAUGUUGACAAUUAGAAUCAUUUCAUUAGAGGAAUCUUAUAUAAGGAUAGCAUUCUACCAAAGAGUUAAUGAUAAAUUACCAUUUAGAAAAAUAAUAUAUACACACC